AAAAAGUAUUUUUUAAGCAUUGUUCAGCCGAGUACCUUUCCACUUGGAUUUUCAGUUUGCCAGAUGAUUUUCAUGAUUCCCGUUUAUAUCUGAACAGCCCAGAUAAUGUCCUGUCCCCACCAGCAUGGCACUCACCGAGGGAGCUGGCCCCCAGGGGAAGAGCUGCGGGCCCAUGUUGGUUCUGGCUUAGGGUUAGCAGACGUGGGAGACGGGCUUCCCGGGCUGUGGACACAGUGAGAUAAACCAGUGUGGUCUUUGUGGCAGCCUGCGAGGAGGGUUAGCUGCUCUCGUUCACAAGCCGGGCGUGCUCGGAGGAAGCAGCCAGCUCUGAAGGUGCCCUCUGCUGUGGACAGUGUGUCAGGCUGGUGCCUGGGGCUCUGUAGGCAGGUUCACCCAAGUACCGGAACCCUGCUGGGGUGAGGAGCAGCAGCUGAGGCCCAAGCACGGGCUAGGCCGGUGUGCAGUUCCCAGUGUGGCAUGGAGUUCCUGUUCCCAGGGUUUUCCCUUGCAGAUGCGCCAGAACCCCUCCAUGCCACCCACUGUGGCCCAUUCUCAGAAGCGGCAUGUGUGCUCCAUCCCUCUGGUGCCUCUGCACCCUCGUUCGUUUGCAUGUAGGGAAAAACGGGACGAGUGUUGUUGUCUUCUAGGAAAACCCUUCUGCCACGCUGGAGGACCUGGAGAAGCCGGGGGUGGACGAGGAACCGCAGCACGUCCUCCUGCGGUAUGAGGACGCCUACCAGUACCAGAACAUAUUCGGGCCCCUGGUCAAGCUGGAGGCCGACUACGACAAGAAGCUGAAGGAGUCCCAGACUCAAGAUAACAUCACGGUCAGGUGGGACCUGGGCCUUAACAAGAAGAGAAUCGCCUACUUCACUUUGCCCAAGACUGACUCUGACAUGCGGCUCAUGCAGGGGGAUGAGAUAUGCCUGCGGUACAAAGGGGACCUUGCGCCCCUGUGGAAAGGGAUCGGCCACGUCAUCAAGGUCCCUGAUAAUUAUGGCGAUGAGAUUGCCAUUGAGCUGCGGAGCAGCGUGGGUGCACCCGUGGAGGUGACUCACAACUUCCAGGUGGAUUUUGUGUGGAAGUCGACCUCCUUUGACAGGAUGCAGAGUGCAUUGAAAACGUUUGCCGUGGACGAGACCUCAGUGUCCGGCUACAUCUACCACAAGCUGCUGGGCCAUGAGGUGGAGGACGUAAUCAUCAAGUGCCAGCUGCCCAAGCGCUUCACGGCGCAGGGCCUCCCCGACCUCAACCACUCCCAGGUUUAUGCCGUGAAGACUGUGCUGCAAAGACCGCUGAGCCUGAUCCAGGGCCCGCCAGGCACGGGGAAGACAGUGACGUCGGCCACCAUCGUCUACCACCUGGCCCGGCAAGGCAACGGGCCGGUGCUGGUGUGUGCUCCGAGCAACAUCGCCGUGGACCAGCUAACAGAGAAGAUCCACCAGACGGGGCUAAAGGUCGUGCGCCUCUGUGCCAAGAGCCGCGAGGCCAUCGACUCCCCAGUGUCUUUCCUGGCCCUUCACAACCAGAUCAGAAACAUGGACAGCAUGCCUGAGCUGCAGAAGCUGCAGCAGCUGAAAGAUGAGACUGGCGAGCUGUCGUCUGCCGACGAGAAGCGGUACCGGGCCUUGAAGCGUACCGCGGAGAGAGAGCUGCUGAUGAAUGCAGAUGUCAUCUGCUGCACAUGUGUGGGCGCCGGCGACCCAAGACUGGCCAAGAUGCAGUUCCGCUCCAUUUUAAUCGACGAAAGCACCCAGGCCACUGAGCCAGAGUGCAUGGUUCCCGUGGUCCUUGGGGCCAAGCAGCUGAUCCUUGUAGGUGACCACUGCCAACUGGGCCCGGUGGUGAUGUGCAAGAAGGCGGCCAAAGCCGGGCUGUCGCAGUCGCUCUUCGAGCGCCUGGUGGUGCUGGGCAUCCGGCCCAUCCGCCUGCAGGUCCAGUACCGGAUGCACCCUGCACUCAGCGCCUUCCCGUCCAACAUCUUCUACGAGGGCUCCCUCCAGAAUGGUGUCACUGCAGCGGAUCGUGUGAAGAAGGGAUUUGACUUCCAGUGGCCCCAGCCCGAUAAACCGAUGUUCUUCUACGUGACCCAGGGCCAAGAGGAGAUAGCCAGCUCGGGCACCUCCUACCUGAACAGGACCGAGGCUGCGAACGUGGAGAAGAUCACCACGAAGUUGCUGAAGGCGGGCGCCAAGCCGGACCAGAUUGGCAUCAUCACGCCCUACGAGGGCCAGCGCUCCUACCUGGUGCAGUACAUGCAGUUCAGCGGCUCCCUGCACACCAAGCUCUACCAGGAGGUGGAGAUCGCCAGUGUGGACGCCUUUCAGGGACGCGAGAAGGACUUCAUCAUCCUGUCCUGUGUGCGGGCCAACGAGCACCAAGGCAUUGGGUUUUUAAAUGACCCCAGGCGUCUGAACGUGGCCCUGACCAGAGCAAGGUACGGCGUCAUCAUCGUGGGCAACCCGAAGGCGCUGUCGAAGCAACCACUCUGGAACCACCUGCUGAACUACUACAAGGAGCAGAAGGUGCUGGUGGAGGGGCCGCUCAACAACCUGCGCGAGAGCCUCAUGCAGUUCAGCAAGCCGCGCAAGCUGGUCAACACCAUCAACCCGGGAGCCCGCUUCAUGACCACAGCCAUGUAUGAUGCCCGGGAGGCCAUCAUCCCAGGCUCCGUCUAUGAUCGGAGCAGCCAGGGCCGGCCCUCCAGCAUGUACUUCCAGACCCAUGACCAGAUUGGCAUGAUCAGUGCCGGCCCCAGCCACGUGGCUGCCAUGAACAUUCCCAUCCCCUUCAACCUGGUCAUGCCGCCCAUGCCACCGCCUGGCUAUUUUGGACAAGCCAAUGGGCCCGCUGCAGGCCGAGGCACCCCGAAAGGCAAGACUGGCCGUGGGGGACGCCAGAAGAACCGCUUUGGGCUUCCUGGGCCCAGCCAGACCAACCUCCCCAACAGCCAAGCCAGCCAGGAUGUGGCGUCACAGCCCUUCUCUCAGGGCGCCCUGACGCAGGGCUACAUCUCCAUGAGCCAGCCCUCCCAGAUGAGCCAGCCCGGCCUCUCCCAGCCGGAGCUGUCCCAGGACAGUUACCUUGGUGAUGAGUUUAAAUCACAAAUCGACGUGGCGCUCUCGCAGGACUCCACGUACCAGGGAGAGAGGGCGUACCAGCAUGGCGGGGUGACGGGGCUGUCCCAGUACUAAAAGGUGGCGGCGGAAGAGCUAAGCAACGUGGCUUAGUCCAUCAGCAUCUUAUUCUGGGUAAUAAAAAAUAAAAAUAAACGGAUACCUGUUUUCCACUGCUAAAACUGAAGCACCACUGUGUGAGCGACAGGAAGGGAGAGCGCACGAGGGAGAGGAGCCGAGGCCGAGCGCCCCCUGCUGGCCCGCGGCGGCGAGGAGCAGAGGGAGCGGAGGAGGGGCCGGCCCGCGGGAGCCGCCGCCACCAGGAGGCCCCGCUCCGUCCCACCGGGGCUGCGGCCAGGGCGGAGGGAGGAAGACCCUCAUCUCAGAGUAGCCCUUUCCUCUGUUCUUUUAUUUCUUUUUCUCUUUGAUUGAAAGGGGACUACGUCUUAGCAGGAAAAAACUUCGCAUUUCUGUGCCCGAGCAGGCUCCUUGCAAAGACGGCGGCGCGCGGGGCAGAGCCCCGGAAGGGCACAUCUGUCCACGCCUACCAGACGCGCCGAGGUCGCGCUGCCUGUGUUCUCCGAGGGCCUUCAUUUAAAGAAAAUAAGGGUGUUUGGGGUUUUUCUGUUUGUUUUUUCAAGAUUCUUUUAAAGGAGUACUGAAGAAUACUUUCCUAAGUUUGUCUCUAAAAUCUUAGCGGUGGACCUGGGAGAUGUGAGAAGCUUCCAGAAACAGUUUGAACAAGCCAGCGCCACUGGAGAAGAGGAGCAACACCUGUGCCGCGGCCUGGAGGAGGAUUUUUGUUGCUGGUUUUAGCUUCCGGUGGCUUCUUGCUGCGGGGCAUCGGGCCUCUGGGGUAGCCGCCCACCGAGCCUGGAAGCUGCUCGUUCUCCACUGGACUCAGAAGCCAAGCCGCUUUCCGCCCGGACUCGGCGCAGGGCGCUGCACCUGUGAGGAAGGUGCUUUUGGCCCCAUUGCGAGGGGCCUUGGCUAGGACUGGCCCUGUGGCCAGGGGGCGAGAAGGUGGCUGUUCCCGGAUCAACGGCUUUUUCCCGGGGGCCUUUGGAAGAUUUGGUGGAAGGACAAGAGGGCCUGUCCCUGUCCCCAGGAGGCACCGACAGUCCCUGUACUGGUUAGACACACGGAGCGCUGCACACCGAAAGCCCAAAUUGGGAGCUCUGCCUGCCAGCAGUUUUGCUGAGGGGGUGAUCGCUGCUUCUGGGGGGUAAGGAAACAAGUUACAGGAAUUACUGCGUUCUGUGUGAAGGGGCUGGGGGGUGUGGUGUCGUUGGCAGAGGGUCAUUUUAGUUAGGAGAGCUGCCUCAGCCCCUCGAACCCCUGGCUUGGGGUGUCAUUCCGCCUGGCGGCCAGGCCUCCAGCCUGCCCUGGCCCGGGCCUGGGGCUGUCACUUGCCCUGAGCUGAACACUUCCAGAUUCCAGCUUCUACAUGGGACAGACGGGGACGCACAGGCCACCUUCCUUCUGGCAGGGACUCUUAUUUAUUCCCAUUGCUCUAGGGCUUUCGGUUUCCCCUUCUUCCGGUAGGCCGCGUAGAGGCAUGCACCACGCACCGGGUAGGCUUCUGCGGUGACCCCGCGGCGGCCUGAGGGACGCUGCCUGCCCCAUCCCGGCUGUUGGGCUGGGCCGCUUUGCCUCUGCUUCGCCCUGUGCUGUGUUCUCCAGCUUUGUAGCAGCGGCCUUGACAAACCCAGGCGCACCGUACCAAGGCAAUGUAACUUUUGAUUUUCGGUCAAUUUAAGUUCUUUUGUCACCAAUAAAAUAUUAAACAGUUUUGCCUUCA